CAAAGUUAAAAACAGAGCUUUUAGCAGGUUGCUUGCUCAAAUACUCUGCGACUUACCUACCUUCUCCCGCGUUGUUGUUUUACUCUUCCCGUCCGUAAACGCUGAGAGAAGUGUGAAAACUCUUAUUAUUGCACUCAUUUAUUCUUAAGCAUUUCCGCUCGAGCUCUUUAAUUCAGUUAAGUCAUUUGUUGUGUGUUGUCUUAGCUGAUACCGUGCAGCACAACAAGGGUUUCUUGUUUUCCACUCUAGCACGUGGCAUUUGUCAAAAGACUGCUAUACUAAAUUACUUGUUCCGCAGACGUUUGGCUUGCUGUUUUUGUUGUUGUUGGGGGGUGGGGGGGUUGUUGCAGCUGAAGCUUGACAGGAGGAGCUCACCGCAAGGAUUUUAAUCGAGCAUUUGCAACGCGCCAUGGCGACCGAAGUGGAUACGUGGACCUCCGCUCCAAAAGCCGACGGGGUGUUCUCUUUCGAUGAAAGCUUGGCAGACGCUAACCAUCCCUACACCGUUGACGAUGACUUGCUGAACGAGGCAGAGGUGAACGGGAACUGGACGCCUCAGGAGAAAGCACUCCACGAGGCACGACUCAAAGCCAAAGCUAAGCGUCGCCUGCGCAAGUCCUCCUCCCGCAACUCUACCAGCGAGUCUUUCUCUGAGUCAGGAGAAUUGUCCGGAAGUGACCCACACAGCCCAAAGGGCAAAGUCGGCACCAGUGACCGCAAAUCCAGGACGGGCAAAGGCAGAGGCCUGCCAAAAAAAGGUGGGGCAGGUGGUAAAGGAGUUUGGGGGGCUGCUGGGAUGGUUUAUGAAGAUGAGGAACCUGAUAUGCAGGACCCUAACUACGAUGAGUCUGCUCAGGGGGACACAGUUUAUGCAACAGUUGUGCCAGAGGUGGAUGAGAAGGAACUAGAAAAAAUGGUCAACCCAAUUGUACAGGAGUACUUUGAACAUGGAGACACAAAAGAGGUCCAGAUGUUGCUAAAGGGACUCAACCUGGGCCAACAUAAGUACGAGUUCUCCUCCCUGGCUGUGUCCCUGUCCCUCGAAGGCAAGGCCAGCCACAGAGAGCUGACCUCCCGCCUGCUGUCUGAUCUGUCGGGCAAGAUGGUGUCACAAAGUGAAAUGGCACGCGCCUUUGACAAGAUACUGAAAGAGCUGCCAGACCUCAUACUGGACACACCGGAGGCUCCACAGAUGUUAGGCCAGUUUAUAGCCAGAGCCAUAGCGGACCACGUCCUCCCAAUGUCAUUCCUGGACUGUUACAAAGGCAAAGUGGAUUGUGAUCAUGCCAGAGUGGCUUUAGACCGUGCCGAAGUGCUGCUGAACAUGAAGAGGGAGAUGGUUCGUCUAGAUAACGUGUGGGGUGUGGGUGGAGGCCUGAGACCUGUCAAACAUCUCGUCAAAGAGAUGAACCUCCUGCUCAAGGAGUACCUGAUAUCAGGAGACGUGGCAGAGGCAGAGCAUUGUCUGCGGGACCUGGAAGUCCCACACUUUCACCAUGAGCUGGUCUAUGAGGUGGUAGUGAUGGUGCUGGAGUCAAAAGGAGACACAGCUAGUCAUAUGAUGAUAAAGCUGCUGCAGUCCUUCUGGAAAACCGGUCUUAUCACUGUGGAUCAGAUGAACAGGGGUUUCCAGCGUGUCUAUGACGAGCUCCCGGAAAUCAACCUUGACGUGCCACAUGCCCAUUCUAUCAUGGAGACCUUUGUUGACCUCUGCUACCAAGAGUCUGUCAUCACCAAACAGCUGAGGGAUGCCUGUCCAGCCAGAGGACGGAAGCGUUUUGUAAGUGAAGGAGAUGGAGGUGCGAUUAAGAACUAAUCCACAAGAGGAAGAGCAGAUUAGGAGGCGGAAGAGGGGUGUCAACAGGUUCUUACCCCUGGUUUCCGCUCCAGCAUGUUUUCCCCUGGAUAUGGCUUGCUGGCAGUCUAAAGUUUUCUUGUUUCUCUCCUGAUAAUGUUGUCAUUACACAAACCAACAUUGAAGUUCGGUGAAAGUAGACUGAAGAGUUGCCCAGACGUUCAGUAAUUAUCAUCAUCAUUGUUGUUCACUGUUUUAGACAUUUUCUUUGUUCAUAAAAAAAAAAAAGGAACUAUUUUUGGGGUUGAUGUGCCCCCCUUGGCUCCGUCUUUGUACCUGUUUCUCAAGAUUAAUUUGAGUCAAAGCUGCAUAAAGACAUGCUGGACAGGCCGGGGUAUGUGGGAGAUACACUUUGAUGUUUUGCCUCUUGCUUUGCUUCAGCUGUGUCUCCAUUUUUUCCAUGUAAAGUGCUAUAAAUGGGGAAAAAAAGCACUUGAAAGACAUACAGGAUAAUGCACAGUAAACAUUUAGGUUUAGCUCUUUGUUCUUGAGCUAAGUUACUUUCCAUUUUCAGACACAAAUUAUUUCAAGGACAACAAGCUUUCAAUGUUUGGGUACAAGUUUAUCUUUAUCCUUAAUUAACAGUUUAUUUUUAUUUUUUUUUCAUCUUUGAUCUCUUACGCCAAAUGUUCAUUUUAUAAAGCAAAGCAGUCAAAGCAAAACAUUUUUUGGCACUAUUUGGGUGGCUAUUUGAAACUUGCAUAAGGGCAUAUACACUUUGGAUUGGCCCUUUUCUUGAAAAAAAAAAAAAAUGAAUGAAAAAAAUUUGGGG